CGUGGUUCCGGUGGAUGGCGGAGAAGGAGCAGAAGGAGACGCGGAGGCAGCGGCGCGGCAGCACUCGAGGGCGGGCCCCGGAGGACCCCUAGGCCGCGGCAGGCAGGGGCCCCUCUAGGGACCAUAGAGUGCGGGAGGGAGCGAUGGACGGCGACAGGAGGCUCCCCCACCGGUACUCCAAGGAGGAGCUCCUGGACAUCAAGGAGCGGCCCUUCUCCAAGCGCAGGCCGUCCUGCCUCUCCGAAAAAUACGACAGCGAGGGCGUCUGGGACCCGGAGAAAUGGCACGCGUCCUUGUACCCGAAUUCGGGGCGCGCCUCGCCCAACGAGGAACAGCCGCCACCCCCACCGCUGCGCCCCAAAAAGGACCCCGAGGGACCCCUCGGGCGCAGGAUCGGCGACCCCCGGGAGCGCCUGCGGGAGGAGGACCUGGAGGUGGUGCUGAGCCCCCAGCGCCGCAGCUUCGGGGGGGGCUGCCACGUGACCGCCCACCCCGGGGGCCCCCCUGGGGGACCCCCCUCCUCCUCCUCCUCGGCCGCCGGCCUGGCCGUGGGGUCCCGGCGCUCGGGGAGCCCCCUCGAGAACGGCGGCCGGCGCAUCGGGAGCGGGAGGCUCCUCUCCGCCACCACCACGGGCACCGCCGCCACCACCACGGGCACCACCCACAGGGCCACCACGUCCGCCACCGCCUUCGAGGGCAAGGAGCCCCCCCACAAGGAGAAGCGCUUCCGGCGUGACUUCGGGGAGGGCAAGCGUGGCUUCGGGGGGCCCCCCGAGCGGCGGUGCCGGCACGACUCGUACACGGAGGAGGAGCCGGAGUGGUUCUCGGGGGGGCCCACCAGCCAGUCCGAGACCAUCGAGCUCAUCGGCUUCGACGACCACAUCCUCCUCGAGCACCACGACCCCGACCACCACCACCACCACAAGGCCAGCGGAGGGGGGGGGCGGAAGCGCUCGCGCCGCAGGAACCCCUCCCUCAAAGAAGGCCUGGAGUGCAACGGGGGGCCCCCGCCAGAGAAGGAGGGGCCCCGCCGGGGGGACGUGGUGCCCGUGGGGGGGCCGCCCGCCGAGCAGGAAGUCCCGCCCCCGCGGGAGGAGUUCGACUUCAACGAGUUCUUCAACCUGGACAAGAGCGUCCCCGGACUGGCCUCCAUGAUCGAGGACGUGCUGGGCGAGGGGUCGGGCUCCCUUCCGGCCUCGUCCUCGCGCUUCAGCCGCUGGUUCUCGUCCAACGCCUCGCACUCGGCCAGCCGGUCCAGCAGCCUCCGGUCCACCCCCCACGAGGAGCUCGAGCGCCUGGCCGGUCUGUCUCCGCCCUCGGGGCCGGUGGGCGGGGCCUUCUUUGCGCCCAUCUCGGCGGAGGGGGCGGAGGGGGCGGGGCCGGUGCCCGGAGGGGGGCGUGGCCUGGGCCCGGGGGGCGUGGCCUCGUGCGGGGAGGGGCCGGAGGUGGACAUCCUGGAGAUGCUGACCAAGGCCAAGGUGGACCUGCGCCCGCUCCUCCCCUCCCUCUCCGCCAACAAGGAGAGGCUCCGCCAGAGCACGCAUUCGGGGGUGGUGCUGUCGGUGGAGGAAGUGGAGGCCGGGCUCAAAGGCCUGAACGUGGUGGAGCCCCACCACGACCACCACCACGACCAUGGCAACGACCACGGCCACGGGGGCCCCCCGGGCCCACGGCGUGUCACGGACCACGGCCACGGCCACGGCGGAGGGGGGGACAUGUCGGCCUUCAACCGACUGGUCAGCUCCAUGAAGGCCAGCGGGACCCUGCCCGCCCAGCAGCAGCACCCCCCCAAGGGAAACAUAAACCUUGACGGUCAGUUGAUGUCCUCUCCAGAAACAGCCAAGAACAUCCUGCAGGAGAUCCUGGGGGGGCCUGGAAACCGCCCGCCCCCUCCCGGCCCCGCCCCCCCCUCCUCGGCGGUCCUGAGCGCCUUGAUGGGGGGCCUCGAAGCCGCCGCCGCCCCCUCCCCGCCCCCCCGGGGCCCCCCCCCCCUCCUCCUCCUCCUCCGAAGACUUCCUGCGGCACCGCCUCCCGUCCCCAGUCGGCUUCGGUCCGGGCUCCCCGGCGGCCCCGGUGUUGGGCGACGCCUUCCUCGGGAUGCGGAAGAGCCUCAGUCCGACGGCGACGCAGCUGGACCUCCCUCCGGGCGCCGUGGUGGAGGGGCUCCCCUUCCUGCCGGACCUGGCGGCGGCCAUGACGCUCUCGGGCCUCUACCAGCCGGGCCUGGCGCUCGCCCCGCCGGAGAAGCCCUUCCGGAACAGGCAGCCGGGUCGGGCCAAGCCCCCCGCCUCCAUGGGCCGCCUGCCAAGCCCCGCCUCCCCGCCGGCGUCCGUCACCAGCAUGCUCUCCCCGUCCUUCACGCCCACCUCCGUGAUCCGCAAGAUGUACGAGAGCAAAGACAAGGGCGGCAAGGACGGCGACGGAGGGAAGCUCGCGGGAGAACGGAACGACGUGUCCGUGGAGAUGGAGGCCCCGCCCCCGGGCUCCAAGCCCCCCCGCGGCCCCGCCCCCCCCGCGGCCUCGUCCUCGCAGCGCGGGUGCCCGAAGGAGGCGAACGGCGGUCCCGGCAAGAGGAAGGCCGCUCCUCCUCCUCCUCCUCCUCCUCCUCCUCCGCCUCCUCCGCCUCCUCCGCCGGUGUCCGUGUCCCCGGUGCCGCCCCACUUCCUGUGCCCGGUCCCGGCCCCGCCCCCCCCGCUGCCGCCCGGCCUGGUCCAGAGGAUGCUCGCCCAGGGGCUCCCCCCGCACCACCUGCCCCCCCUCCUCCAGGCCGGGCUGCUGCCUCCCGGGGUGGACCUGGCCCUUCUCGGGCAGCCCUGCUACCCGCUCCUCGGACCGCACCCCCCGGGGCCACUCCACCUGGCCCUCAUGCAGCACCAGCUCCAGCGCUCAGGCUCCGUCGGCCCCUCGGCCCUGCGCCCGGCCCCUCCGCCCCUCCCUCGGGGCCCCCCGGGGGGCGUGGCCUCCUCCUCCUCCUCCUCCUCCGCGGCCUCCUCCUCGUCGGCGCUCUCGCGGUGGUUCGGGUCGGAGGUCCUGCAGCAGCCGCUCCCCUCGAUGCCGUCCUCCAAGGUCAUCAGCGUGGACGAGCUCGAGUUCCGGCCUUGACCCCCGACCCCACCAUGACCCAAGGAUGACCCCCAGGAAACAAGAUGGCUUCCGAUGGACCCCGGCUCCGCCCCCGCCCCCCCCCCCCCCCCCCCGGCUUCUUCUCUUCUUACUUUCGGGAAACAGAUGAUUUUGGGGGCAGAGUCCCCGCCCCGACCCUUUGUUUUUAGGAGGAAAAAUCGUUUCCCGUCACGGAAACAAAGGAUUUAAUUUGCGUCGACGGGCAGAUUUGUUUGCUUUCUCCUCGCUGGGAUUUCCCAUAAUUUUUUUUUUUCAAUUUUCCCACAUUUUUUUCCGCAUCCUUUUCGUCUCGUUUUUUAUUUUUCUCGGGAUUUUUUGUCCUCAUUAUUUUCCGCCAUUUCAUGGCCUCAUUUUCUUUGACUAAAAAUCCCAAUUUUUCUUUUCCUUUCCCCCCUCAUUUUCUUCUCUUAUUUCCUCAAUUUUUUCUCAAUUUUCCACUUAUUUCAUUUAUUUUUUUUACUUUUUAAAACUUAACAUUUUCACCCCGUUUUCUUCCACUUUCUUUAUUUCCCCCCCAAUUUAACCCAUUUUCUUCCUUUUUACCCUUCUUUUCAUCUCUCCUUCUAAAAUUUCUUCAACUUUUUCAUUCUUUUUUUCUCAAUUUUUUAAUCUCACUUUUCUCUCCUUUUCCCUUGUUUUGAUCCCCGUUUACUUCGUUUUUCUCUCAAUAUUUAUUUUCCCUUCAUUUUCUCCCAUUUUUAUCAACAUCUUUUUCUCAUUUCUAAUUUUUUUCUAAUUUUUUCUGUUUUUCUUUUUUCUCCUUUUCGUUUUUUUAUAAUUUCCUUUUCUCAAUUUUCAUGCCUUUAUUUCCCUUUUUCUCCCCGUUUCCUCUCAUUUUUCCCGUUUUUUUUUCUCCUUUUCCCUUCCAUUUUCCUCUCUUUUCCCCUUGUUUUUUCCCAAUUUUUUUCUCCUUUUUCCACUCAAUUUUUUCGCCUUUUUUCUUCUUUUUUCUCUCGGUUUUUUAUGCCGUUUUUUCUCUCAUUUUUCCCACCUUUUUUUUUCCUUUGAGAAAUGAAUAAAUGACUCAAGUCCUGAAGGAAGAGCAGCCAUCACAAUAGGAGGAUGGGGGAGGAAAAAAUAAUUUUAUUUUCCUCGUUUCGCCGGAAAUAAUAUGUACAGCAGAGCCUUUGUGUAAAUACAGAACAAUGUAUAAAACAAACAAAAAAAAGGGGUUUUUUUAGAUAUUUUUUUUUUUGGUUUUGGUUGGGAUUUAUUAUUGUUGUUUGUUUAUUAUUAUUUGUAUAUAUCUAUUUCUCGGUUGUUUACCUCUCGCCUUUUUUCUUUCUCCAUUUACGAAAGCUGUACAUAAAAAUAGAUAGCAAAGCA